AUGUCGUCAAACGCCAACCUUGCCGCUCAGUGCGAAGAGAUACGAAAAAACUACUCGCCUUGCGAUGUCUCGGAUGCCCUUCUAACACUCAAAGUCCCGCUGGGCGGCACUCUCGCCGACAUCUCCCCCCUCCCAAGCAGACACGGCUACACCAACCGCCUCGUAGCGCCCAUCAGCACAGUGCUCUUCGUCCCCAACGCCCACCAACCCGGCGCCUCAAUCCCCAAUCUCCCCCUAGUGCCGGAGACGUCCAACUUGCCAUCCGACAAGCACUUCUCCGACCUCGCUCCGUCGGGCUCCGUGGUGCUUAUGCAACAGCCGCCGCACCAGACGGCCGCGCUGCUGGGCGAUAUUGUUGCCACGCGGUACAAGUAUCGCGGCAUUCAGGGCGUGUUUGUCGACGGGCGGGCGCGCGAUGUCGUGGGGAUUGGAGAGGUGUGUAAAGCUGACGAGGACACGCCGUUCACCGCUUGGACGCGGAGUUUGAGCUCGUCGGGCACGAGUGCUGAGGCGAAGCCUUGGGCUGUUGAUGUGGAGUUGCAGAUUGGAGGGGUGCGUGUGAGGCCGGGGGAUGUGCUUGUUGCGGACGAGGGGGAGAGGGUGUGUUGUGUUAUUCCGGCUGAGAAGCUGGGGGACGUGCUGGCUUUGCUGCCUGUGCAGAAGGAGGCUGAUGACGGGUUGUUGGCUGAUGUCAGGGCGGGGAUGGGGUUUAAGGAGGCGUUGAAGAGGCAUCCGAAGCAUUACACUUUGCAGCAUUGA